AUGACUUCAAUUCCAGUUUAUGGGAGCUUGAAGAGAUAUUGGAGUAGGAGAUCAUAUAGUCGACUUAAAGAUGGAUUCAAUGUCAAGAAGAACAUAAGGGUGUUGAGGUUGGGAGGGUACAGUAGUCGAAGACGUUCAUCAUGGAGGAUAAGAGCAAUACCAAAGCUGCAGCUGAAAAUGAAGUAUCCCAUGAAGAUGUGGAGAAAGCUUAGAGAUGGUUACAUAAAUAUGAUGCUUGGUUUUGCAGGCAACGUCGGUGGCUACUCAGACAACAGUGUUUUUGGUGGAAAGAGGAUCCCCAGAAGCCGACCCAUUCCACAGAUUUCUAAGUAUGACAGUAAUGAAUUUGAUCAGAGACUUGCUCUUCACAUCUUCAACUCACUGCUAGCUUCUCGUGAAUUGGUUGCUACUCGUUAA